AUGUCAGAUAAUAACCACGAAGAAAUAAAUGAUUCAAAAAGAGCUAUUAUUGCGGCUCUUUUAAAGCAAGUAAAAUUAAAUAAAGAAAUUAAACAUAUGGUUUUGCCUAGUUUUCUUCUUCAAACAAGGAGUACAUUAGAGAGCUUUACUGAUAUGUAUUCUUAUAUAGACGAGUUAUAUAGAGUUAAUGAAAUUGAAAAUGAACAAGAUAGAUUUGUUCAAUUUGUAAAAUUUUAUUUAUCAGGAUGGCACACAAGACCUAAGGGAAUUAAGAAGCCAUUCAAUCCAGUUAUUGGUGAGCAAUAUGAAUGUUAUUGGUCAGAAAAUAAAGAAGAGGAUUUAAAGGGUAUAGAUAAUUUAAUAAAUGAAAAAAAUAAGGAUAUUGGCGUUUUUAAAGCAGAGCAAAUAUCUCAUCAUCCACCUAUUUCAUCCUAUGUUUUUUAUAAUACAGCAAGACAAAUUUUGGUCAAUGGAAAUAUAUGCCCAUCCUAUGUAAAAUAUUUAGGUAAUUCAGCAGAGUCACACCUUCAAGGAAUAUUGGAAUUUAAGUUUUUAAAAUUUAAUGAAGUUUACGAAUGUUCGUUACCAACUUUAGGAGCAAGAGGCAUUGUUUUAGGUAAACUAGCAACAUUUACAAGUGGUGAAAUCACAAUUCGUUCAACAAGUGGGGGAAAAUUCCGUGCAAGUCUCGAGUUUUUAUAUAAGGGUUUAUUUGGAAGUAGCAAAAACUCGAAUGGUGUUAAAGGAACAUUAUAUAAUGGUGAUACACCAAUCUUCAAAAUUAGAGGAAAUUGGGAUAAAACAGUAUUCAUUCAACCAUGCAACAAAAAUGGUGAUUUAGAACAAAAAGAAAAUGUUUUGUUUGAUGUAAAGCAAUUGAAAAAAUCAAACGAGGUUAAAUUUGAAAAACCAUUAGAUCAACAGCCACCAAAUAGCUCAUAUCAUUUGUGGGAAAAAGUCACCAAGAAGAUUAAUGAGCAUGAUGAUCAAGGCACAGCUGAAGAAAAGAAAAUAAUUGAAGAUAAACAAAGAAGAGAAGAGGCAGAAAGAGUGGAAAAAGGUAUUCAUUGGGAACCAAAAGAUUUCCAAUAUAGACCACAUGAUGGUGAAUAUAAAGAUACCUAUUAUUAUAAAUAUAUACCAAUGCUUUUCGAAAACUAUGAAUCAAAACCAGUUCAAUAA